AAUCUUUUUUCAAAAAAGAAAAAAUAUCAUGUGGAUAUCUCGGUUAAGUUGCAAGUAACAUCUCACAGCGCGAUGAUUUAAUGUCUUCAAUUGAAAACACAAUGUCGAUAUACGAUGAAUUUGAUUUUCGUAAGAGAGAUCAAACUUUACGAGAGAAGAUUAAAUAUGUAGAACGGAAUGCAGACAUGGAUGUUGAAGAAAAUGUCGACAAUUUUUCGUCAAAGUUGCAAAGGUGGAAGAAGAAUGACGGCGACGAAUCAAACAUUAAAAGCUUGGAACCAAAUUUUAAUUUCUUUAGAAAAGAUCUUCCAAAGGUUACAAGCUUAAAACAAAAUCCGCUGUUUAAUGAUAAUCCUGGAUUUCCGCCGGCUCAAAGCGUUGAAAAAGAGCAUACUGAAAAUAAUUUUCAAUACUAUAGACAAAAUGAACACAUAAAGAGUCCAAAUGAAAAAGUUUUUGUACAAGAAGCCACCAAUGGUUACACUAACGAAGUGCAAGUAAAGAACAACUCGGAUGAUCAGAUUCUGAAAGAGUUUAAAAGAAAAUAUUCAGACAAGCGCAGAGAUAGCAAUGGGUGGGUACAUACAGGGACACCAGAGAACUAUAUACCUGGCCCAAGUACACAAACGUUGGAGUAUUUUGCAAGGACACCUCGAGCGGAAAGUGAGCAAAUUGAAAAUACAGAAUUUGAGAAUCCUUAUGACUUUAUUGAACCAUUGCAAGAGAAAUUCAGGAACGAAGGUCGUGCUGAAGAUGAAUUACAAAACGAUGCAAAUGUUGUUAAAGCAGGACACAAUAGCAGACGGUCCACUUUAUCGAAGAAAGAACUUAAACGGAAAAGCUCAAAGAAGAAACAGGGUGAUGCCGGAAAUGGUGAAAGUGUGGUGCGUUCCAAUAGCAGUCGCAGCAACCCUAACGUUACUUUUGGUAAAAAAUCCGCAAGUGACAUUUCAAAUGAGCUGGGCGUUGAAACAAUGACACACAAUGAACUCAUGGCCUCAACGCAAAGGCUUGCUAUGCUGAAAGACGAAGAGAAGGUAGUUACAGAUGUACCAAAAGCAGAACAUCUUUUUAGCCCUUCUACUGGGAACAUUCACAGUCAGCAUGAAACAAAUAUGAACAAUUUAAACUUCACCAAGAUGUCUGCCAAUGUUCGUAGAUCUAGAUCACAGUUGAGCAGCGCUAGAAGUAGUAAGCGGACUCCCAGCUAUGCUUCACAAAACACAUUUGCUGAUCACAACGGCAGCUAUAUAUCCGUUAGUGGUUCUAAUACUUCCAUCAACAGAUAUCCAUCUUCCCGGUCUCGUUCAACAUUAUCAAGUAAUCGCAGCGCUUCAAAACUUUCCCUGGCGUCAGGCUCAUCUUUCUCCUCAUCAAAAGACCGAAACACAACAACAGUUAUGCUCGCAAAGGGGUGGAGUGGCAAGAUUGUAUCUAGUAGCGAGUCAACACAUCAGAUUUAUGAUUAUGGUUUAAACAUUAAUCCAAAACAGGAAGGCACUAACGGAAAAAACUUAAGUGGUCUUGUCUUUAGGAAUGGAAAACCAAUAAUUGAUGUUAAACCUACGGACGACAAAGACGCACUUAAAAGUUUACGGAGUUUAGACCGAAGGUUGAAAGUCGAAAGUCAAAAUUCCGAUAUAUUAUUCAAGGGUUCGUUGGAUUGGAUGACACGCUCACAGCCAUCAACACCAGAUAUGAACGUUCUGCGAAAUCCAGAUUGCUAUAGAGAUUCCAACUGUUUAUUAGAGGACUUGGAAGAAAUGUCAAAAAAUAUUUUACAUAUCGGAUGGAAUGAAGGACAGAAUAUGAGAGUAUACUUUUAUCAACAUUUACAUAAAGUCACAACCAUUGUGAACACCAUGCUUCAAUCAAUACCAAAACGUCAUUUUCCUUUUGAAAUCAAGCCGUUAUCCUUUCAAGGUGAAUUUGAAAAGAAAGGGCCAUACUCAAUUGAUCUGUAUCUGACACUUGAAGGAAUUGAGCCUGAAAAGUACAACGUCGAUUUCACGCUAAGAAAAACUUUAAGUGCAUAUGUCAUCCACAAAGAGUACGAUAAAGAGCUUAAAUUAUUCAGCGCACAAAAUGCUGAAAACGGCAUUCGGAUACUAUCCGCCAAUAACUUAAUGAUAGUAUUCGCCUACAUUGUAAAUACCAGAAUCCGUUCAGAGUUUGCUCAUGAUUCAGAUCGGAAGCGAAAAUCAAUUCCAUUUGAUGCUGAGAUCUCCUUCAACAAAGUUUCAGAAGGUGCUGUACGGUUUGAUAUCUUCUUCCCGGAAGAAAAUGUCACCUAUGAUGUUGGACUCCAAGUUGCUUUGGACAUCAUGGACUUUCCGAAUGUGCUUAAUUUAGGCAAAAAACGAAGGUGGCCUGAUCUGCAAACUAAAAGCGAAUUGAUUCGACAUGGUGUCCAUCUGUUAGCUAAGAAAAGCGGCGAACAGAAUCACGCCUGGACUGUCAGCUUUCUUAAAACAAGAAAAGUUUUACUAAACAGUUCAGAUAGUGACAACAAUGCCACCACCUUAUUACUUGCAUUGCAAGUAGUAAACCGCGACGCACUGUCACAACGAGGAUGCGAAGGAUUGCUGCUUCCAGUUCAUUUCAUCAUGCUUCUGUUUUGGUGUCGCGUCAAAUACCAAUCAGAUGAAGACUGGAGUAAAGAAAACUUAGCUAAACGUUUCGUUGAUCUCUUGAUAGCUUUAAAGAGAUGUUUGGCGAAGAAGCAAUGUCGAGACUUCUUUUUCCCGUCAACGAAUUAUUUUGAUAGUUUUUCAGCUGACGAAAGCCAGCGUUUGGUGUUGAACAUAAAUGAUGUUUUAAACAAUCCAAAAUCUCACAUUCCUACACAUGAAAAUACAUCAAUUUUAAAUGAGCUACCAGAUAUUAAGGAGUAGUUAAACAUAUGACAUACCUACAUAUACAAGGUCCAAUUUUUUGUCCUUUUAAAUAUAUUUUUUAUUUUAUUUUAUUUUUCCAUAAGCUUAAAUAUUAUAACACAACAGACACUUCACGAUAGUUAAGAAACAAAUUUCAUGAAACGCAUAUCCACAUAAAGUAUAUUUAGCUUAAAAGUCCAUAAAAUGAACACCAAAGACUUUUCCUCUUUUAAAAAAACAGUUUUCGUUCUUUUACUGCCUUUUGUAGCGUUGUUCAACAAAUUAUAUAUUAUUCGUUUUAAUGUGACAAAGUAUCAAAUGUAAUCAUGUGUAUAAAAUA